AUGAAAAUCCCCUCAGACCCAAAGAUUGACGGCUUCGACAUUCUUCAAACUCCAUACAAGAGAAUCGGAGAGAAUGAUAUCCGCUGCGAUGUUCUCGUUCCACGAACAUCAUUCCAAGGGAAAAGACCAGUGAUUAUACGCUGGCACGGCGGCGGCCUGGUAACCGGCGAUUCCCUCUUAAUGACAAUCUGGGUCCCCUGGCUCUCUGAUCUAGCUCUAAAACACGAAGCAAUAAUCAUCAGUCCAAACUACCGCAUCAUGCCCGAAGCAACCAGCACCCAAAUCUACGAAGACGUCGAAGACCUCUGGAAAUGGAUCCAUUCUUCAACCCUCCCCAAUCUCUUAGCAUCGCACUCUACACCCACCCAAAUAAAUCUCUCUCGCAUCAUGACAGUCGGCGAGUCUGCAGGCGGUUCUCUCAGUCUGUAUCUUGCCUUAUCACACCCGGAUCAGAUCCGCGCCGCCACAGCCUCGUAUCCCGGUGUGGACUAUACAGCGCCUGCAUAUACUGUGCCUCGAAAUGGACCGGUGUGGGGGCACAACGCACCAGUAUCAGUAUUUGAGGAAAUCGACAAGACAGCUGUAAUUGGAUCUGGUGUUUCGUCGAUUGUUGGACCUGAAAGACUUGCUUUUAUGAUCUCGGUUUUCCAGCAUGGGAAAUUCGGAGAGGUUUAUAUGCGUGGUUCAGAGGGUGUGGAGGGAGAGGUUCUUUUUCCUCUUGUCAGGUUGGAGAAGACAAGGAGGGUUCCGAGGGGUGGGAUUGUUGUUUUGCAGGGGAGAGAGGAUUCGUUGAUUUUGGCGAGUGAGACUGAGAAGUUUGUGAAGAGGGCUAGGGAGUUGACUAGUGAGGAGGAUAUUACUUUUGUUAUGAGGGAGGGGGAGGAGCAUGGGUUUGAUAUUAAAGUUGGAUUGGAUGAGGUUUGGUUGCAGGAUUCUUUGAAGAGGGCUGUUGAUACUUGGUUGGAGUAG